UACACGUCCUGUCAGUUCACUCAGAGACUUCAUACAGUUACAGUUUAACUCUUUUAGUCAGUGAGAGCUGCUGAUGAAGAUGAAGAAACUGCUCCUCUUCCUCUCCUGUGUGCUCUGUGUCUCUGCUGAUGCUCUACAUGAGGACAUUCAUGUCAUUGGCUGUUCAUACAUUCAUGGAGGGGUCAUGUUUGGACUGGAUCGUGAAGAACUCUGGUACGCAGACUUUGAGAAACAGAUGGAUGUUUCCCCUCAACCAACUUUUAUUCAGCCCAUCGGGUUUGGAGCUGGCGCUUAUGAAGCAGCUGUGUCUAAUUUAGAUACCUGCAGACAAAACCUUCAUUUUACUCGGGAGAGUUUAAAGGACUACCCUGCACAACGUGAUGCUCCUUCAGGUGUGAUGAUCUACACCAGAAAUGAGGUGGAGCUCACAGUCAAAAACACUCUGAUUUGUCAUGUGACUGGUUUCUAUCCUGCUCCUGUCAAAGUCUCCUGGACCAAGAACGGACGGAUUACAACUGAAGGAUCCAGCAUCAACACUCCCUAUCCCAACAAAGAUGGAACCUUCACCCAGAUUGCCAGACUGAAGUUCAUCCCACAGCAGGGAGACGUCUACAGCUGUACAGUGGAACAUCUGGCUCUGACCGACCCACUGACCAAGACCUAUAAUGUGGAGACACCUGAGACACCUGAGACACCUGAGACACCUAAGCCCAGUGUUGGACCUGCAGUGUUCUGUGCAGUCGCUGUGAUUAUCGGCUUACUCAGUGCUGCAGGUGGAAUCUUCUUCAUCUUGAAAGCAAACAAAUGUAUCUGAUUGUCUCGGGUUGAUGAUGUCAUCAGUUCUUGUGUUGACAAUGUCGUUUAAGGCUGCUGCUCUGCUCUCUGAUCUUCAUUCAUGUGACCCUGCCUUUGUUUACAUGGAACAUUACGUUCACUUUAUUUUCACACUAUUAAACAGAUUCAGUUUAAAAUGCCAGACAAAAUAAAAAUGACAAGUGAUAUUAAUCAAUUGGAUAGUAUGACCAAGUAACCUGCUGGCUAAGCUAGUGUUCUGAAACAACCCAUCUGUCUUUGCUAUCUUUGACUAUCUUUGCUGUCAGUUCCAUCUAUAUGAUUCAGACAGAUGUAAAUAAACCUGAAUUUGAAAUAAAUCCUCACUUGUAAACAUGA